CCGACCAUUGUGAAAGAAAUUGGAUAUGUGGCGGACUGUAAAUACUUCAGUAAGGAUGCUAAAAUACAGGUUAUCUUUGAACCAUACGUUUGGAAAUGAUGUUAUUUUGAACAAGUCAUCGUUUCAAGGGCAUGGUGCGAUUGAUGCCUGAAUUUCACCGAUGUUUCACAGAGCUUGUUUGUUUACAAUUUACUCAUCGAGGAUUGGAUAGAGCUACUGAAGACUUGGAAGAAUUUUGGAGUGUAUAUAACUUUGUUAAAAGUGAGUCAAUUUACAUUUUUGUUAGAUCUAAAUAAUGUGUUCAUUGUUAUAGCUUUUUUUUUAAAUACAACAUUUCAUUUCACUCAUGCAUUCAUAAACGAAAUGAGUCUUGAAUCGCUCCCGAUAAAAUUCACGUGAAUUUUCCCGUAAUACUCCAAAUUUAGAGAGCAAACUCCAAUGGCGACAAGAAAUUACAAUGGGAGACUGCCGUUGAAAAUAUAAAUUUGUCAUUUAUUUGGAUAUUUGGCAAAGCAGAAAAAAAUCGUUAAAUUUCUCGAGGGUGACUUUUUUUUAGUUUAUCAAACCAUGUAUACUCUGCCGGCAAGUGUCGUAGUUUUGUCAUGUGACACCAAAGUUGGGAAGUGCAAGAGAUACAUGCAUUUGUAGAUCGACUGGGUAUGACAGUAGACGGCAAUAUACCGAACACAGUUGAUGAAGUAUUGCAGGGUGCGGUUACGAGGUUUGAACUAUCUCCUUUCUUCAAAAUGUCCACAGUGAUGAUACUGAAUGAAGAAGGGAUUAACGUGCAUGCCUUAAAGUUAGAACCGACAUCAGUAUACUUAGAUUAUGUCAUAUACGAUCAGCCAAUUAACAGAGGAGAGGAAUCUUUCAGAUAUGUAGAAGGUUUAACACAACUUCUGAAUUCCUACAUUUCCACAUUGGGAUCUCGACGUAAACGCCAAGCGCCCGAGGGAUCUUCCAACUCCACAGAAGAAUACGGGAAAAUAUUUGAUAAAGUUCUUCGUGCGUAUUUCAUCGAGACAAAUAUUUCAAAGAUUCUUGAAAACACCACAUCAGUGAGUGAUUUACUGUACACAACACUCUCAUAUACGUACUCCAACCUGAAGGAAGUGUAUCCCUCCAUACCUUGGGAUGCUGCCACAGGGAUAUCACGGGAUGUCCCUGUCCUGCUUGUUAACCCGGACUACUUUCACGCCCUGGACAAUCUGUGGAGUAAUUUGGACGAAGAGGAUAUGAAAUUGUUUGUUUUUAUGAACGUUCUUGUUAAACGCGUAUUGCCAUACACCACGCUAUCUCUCAGGAGUCUGCUCAGUGAUAUUGGUGCAAAAGGUGACAUGGUAUACACAGAUAUAGACUGUGUGGAACACUCACUGAAUCUAGCAAAUGAGGAGAUCCAUGCUAUUUACAUUGGCCAAUUCACGCAGAAAGUCUUAAGAAAUAGGCUUAAGCUAACAGACAUUAAAAACAAAGUUAGUGAUGCUUUUCAGAAAUAUCUGUCAGCUUCUACAUGGAUACAACCAGAUUUAGACAGAGCAGUUUCUGCACUCGCUAGAAAUAUAAAAAUGCACUUUUCGCCUCUGAAGUCAACCGUUCAACAAACUAUGAAUGUAUCUGGCCAGUCUUUUUUGUCUCUGGCCAUUGAGUUACAUAGGCAGAAGCAUGCGUUCGAGAUUAACAGAUUAGGAUCAAAAGCCACGGAGAUAACGAUGGACUGGACAAGUGCUAAGGUGUAUUUUGAUGCACACUUCAAUGCAAUAGGUUUUCCAUCGGGACUAACCAUAUACCUAACUGAAGGCGAACCACCAUUCGAUAUCUACGGUUACAUAGGUAUGAUGAUGACAGAAGAGUUCAUCAAAGUUUUAACGGGACCUUUAACAGGCGGGAUCCCGCCGCUGUGGUGGGGAACAACCAACACUUUAGCUUUUAAUGAUGUACGUCAGUGCUUCAGUAGUCAGCUUCCGACAUUUCAGAAUAAAUUUUACGACAUUGGAAAUGUGAUGAUUUUAAAUGGUGCUUUUCAAGUUAUUGAUCAGGUUUACUUGACGGACAGUAUAAACACUGACAGAGUCAUUGAAGGAACCAGCAUCACUGAAAACGUGAUAUUCAUCCUCAACGUUGCGCAAUUACACUGUCAGCUAAAUGAUGGAUCAUACAGACAGCGUUUAACGAGAGAAAGAAUCAACAAUGUUAUGAUGAACAAUGUGAAUUUCAAGAGGAUGUUUUCUUGUCCCGAUCCCUCACCAUUGGUUUCUGACAACACAUGUUCUCUGUUUCUAUGAUACGAUAAUGAUUCAAAUAAAUAUUUAUAUACAA